UACUUUCGCAGUAUCUUCAAGAGGAAGCCACCUACUUCAAAGGAAGUAGGUGAUAGAUUCGAGGCAAGAGUCGUCAAGAUGUUGCACAAUAGGAUGUGCUUCAAUAUUAAACGCAAUGUAAUGGUUAGAGAUCACAAUGGCAAUCUGUCAGAGAUUGAUAUUGUCUACGGACUGUUCAGACCCACCUACGUCGAGUGCAAGAACUAUCAACUGCCUGUUCCCCUCAAGGAUGUGGCCAAGUUCAAAGAGGUCUUGCGUCUGAAUGGGGUGAGUCCGCGUCGCGGUCUCUUUAUCACGUCGUCGUCGUACACGCCGCGUGCCACCACCAUCGGUAUAAGAACCGUCGAUGGAGAGCAGCUGCGUCGCAUGGAGCGCUGGGCUCUCUGGGUCGGCGGUGCCAAGUUUACAUUCUACGUCUGUCUGUCAAUCGUUGGCUUUGGCUUAUUCACUCAGUAUCAC